UUAGGAUUGGCAACAUUUACUCACAUUCUGUCAACCGUUUACACUUGAAAUGUUGAAUCAUUUGAAAGAUGAAUUUACAAGAUAAACUAUCGCUCGUAAACUAGUUGAUCAUUGGAAAUUAUCAACAGCAAUUAGCGACACAUCCAACUUAUUUAAACGACUCUAAUCAUCUCUUAAUUGUUAUUUAUUUGCAAACCUGAUUGUUUUCUGAUUUUGUUUCUGUUUUCAUUUCCACUUUCCCAAUCAUAAUUGUAUCUUAAUUAUCCUCAUGCUCAGUGCUUCAUGUUAUGAUCUGUUAUUAUAUUAUUUUCAUCAUUGAUCAUGUUUAAAUUAUCAACCAAUUCUAAUCCAACUGCACCAACAGUAACAAUCAACAACAAUAGUUCAAGUAAAUUUAUAAUCAAUAAUAGUAACGGUGAAAGUGUUAAUUGUAACAAUCCUGUUAUCAAAAGUGAAAGUGAUUGUAAUAAUAAUAGUGAUGGUACCAAUAGUAACCUCGGGAAUGGUACAAACAGUAAUAACAACAGUAACUCGACGACACCAUUUGAAAAUGAAAUAACCAAUUUAAGUAAUAAUUCAGUGUCAUCACCACAGAAACACAAUUACUCAACCUCAUCACCAACUUCAUCACCUUCGCCCUCAUCGUCGCCCAAAGCCCAGGCAACUUCAUAUCGUAUCAGUGACAUACUCUCACGAUCAACAACCAACGGAAGCGUUGGUGGAGUAGGUGUUAAUCACCACAGUUUUCAUCAUCUUCAUCAUCCUUCCUCAAUGGCGGCUACUUCAGCGGCUUUGUAUUGGAACUCAAUGGUUCAAAAUCAAGCUCUUUGGAAAGAGAGACUAGUGUGUGCCUCUAUUAAUGCAGGAGGAGUAGUAACAGGAGGUGGUGGUGUCGUUGGGUCAAGUGUCAUCGGUGUCCCUGGUCGUCCUGGCCAUCACAAUCAAACAAAUCCUCUAAACCAUAACCAACAUCAUAAUCAACAUCACCAAAACAACAACCAUGCCAAUAAUAAUAACAAUAAUAAUCAUCAUAAUCAUCACCAUCACCACCACCAUGGUAUACCUGUGGUCAAUCAGAAUCUAAACAACUUGACCAUCGGAUUAGUUGAGAAAGAUGGUAAACGUAAACAUACUCGGCCGACCUUCUCAGGUCAGCAAAUUUAUAUUCUUGAAAAAACUUUUGAACAGACCAAGUAUUUGGCUGGACCAGAACGCGCCAAAUUGGCCUAUGCUUUAGGUUUGUCUGGUGAUCAAGUUAAAGUUUGGUUUCAAAAUCGACGAACCAAGUGGAGGAAAAAACAUGCCGCUGACAUGACAACAGCCAAGAAAAUGGCUUAACCAUCAUAACUUAACAAGAUGAACAUUGAAUCGUUAUUAGAAUCACAAUAAACAAAACACAUUAUUAACUCAUUUAGUACAUAAACACGUAGCUAUUAGUUAAUCCGGAGACAGAGUAAUUAAUAUAAUCUCAACAAUAUCGACAAAAUUUUCAUUAAAUUGUGUAAAAAAUUGAACCCAAAUUAAUUACUUUGAUCUUCAAUUAACUGUAACUUGCAAUUGUCCUCAAAUAAAUCAAGCCUUUUUUGCUAAUUGCUUAUAAUUAACUAUUAUUUGGUUAAUUAUUUUAAUGUUUUUCUCUAUUCCCAUGUACCAUGUCCCUUGUAAGAAAAACAAAUCAAAAUUAAAUUGAAAGAGUUUCAAUCACAACACAAGUUCAA